AUGACGACAGGCACAUGUGGGGGCAUGGCCAUGGGCAGCGCAAGCCAUGUGUCAGGGCUAGCGGUGGACUUUACUGCCACUCUGGCCAAACCUGCUUUGGCCUCCACUCUGCCAUCUCCUCCACAAUGGACUCAGGAGGCUCAAGGGGGCCCUAGAGAGCUUCCAGUGACUCACUUCUCCAUCCGCUCAACCAUUGUGUCCCGCUAUGCCCACACCCAGGUUGUGUCUGUCAUGACCAACUCACACUCAGAGGCCCAGGAAGCCGUCUUUGACCUGGAUCUGCCCAGCCUGGCCUUUAUUUCCAACUUUACCACAUGAGUAUGGGGGGGGGGGCAUGGCGGGACCAUCAAUGGCAAAGUCUACACAGUUGAAGUCAAAGAGAGGCACCAGGCUAAGAAAAUGUAUGAGGAAGCCAAGAAACAAGGGCGGACUGCUGCCCAUGUGGCCAGCCAAGACGAUGAGAUCAAGAAGUUCAGAAUUGCCACAAAUGUAGCCGCAGGUGGAGAGGUAACAUUUGCCUUGACCUAUGAGGAAUUGCUCCCUCGCCUCCUGGGGAAACACCAGCAUGCUGUGAGUGUCAGACCUGGCCAAGUGGUGCCAAAUCUCAGUGUGGAAGUGACCAUAUCAGAGAAGACUGGCAUUGACUAUAUCCACAUGUUGCCCCUCAGAACCAGCCACCUGCUGACCAAUGCUGUGAGAGGUGAGGCUGUCUUGCCGUCCACCAGGAUUGAAAAGGAGGAGACCUGUGCACGGGUCACCUUCACACCAACACCGAGUGAACAGGCUGCCUACUCCAGCCGGGGCAUCAUGGGAGACUUUGUGAUUCAAUAUGAUGUGACUAUGAAGGACGUCAUUGGUGAUGUGCAGAUCUAUGAUGGCUAUUUUGUUCACUAUUUUGCCCCCAGAGACCUACCUCGUAUGCAGAAAAACAUCAUCUUCAUUAUUGAUGUCAGUGGCUCUAUGACUGGAACAAAGCUGAAGCAGGUAACAACUGCCUGGGGAGAAUUCCAGUCCUGGAUUCUAGAGUGUGGAAUGUCCACAUCUGGACACAUCUGGAAGGCUGCUGGUUCCAUUCAGGCCACACCCCUAAACAUACAAAGGGCCAAGGCCUAUGUUAGCAGAAUGGAGGCGGGCAGAUGGACAGACAUGAAUGCAGCUCUCCUGGCAGCAGCUUCCAUACUGAACCAGAACACUACAGGGUCCUCAGGAGAGGCUCAGCUGCUCAUCUUCCUCACGGAUGGGGAGCCCACAGCAGGAGUGACCUCACCUGCCCGCAUCCUCGACAAUGCUCAGAGGGCCCUGGCUGGCCAGACAGCCCUCUUUGGCCUAGCUUUGGGUGAUGAUGCUGACCUGCCGCUUCUACGCCACCUUUCACUGGAGAACCAGGGCAUAGCUCACCGCAUCCGAGAGGACCAGGAUGCUGCCUCGCAGCUCAAAGGCUUCUACGACCGCAUCGCCUCCCCACUGCUGUCUGACAUCCACUUCCACUAUCAGGCCAAACCUGGGAGGGCCAAACCACCAGAGAGCCACUUCCCCAACUAUUUCCAGGGCUCAGAGCUGGUGGUGGUCAGCCAGCUAGGUCAAGGGGAGCCUGAGCUCCAGGUGCGCCUGGAAGCCCGGGGCCCACACAACCACCUGCUCACAGCAGCCCGGGGUGAGGAGGCUGCAAGCAGCACAGAGCCAGCAUUUGGCUGCCUAUCCCACAGGGAGCUCAGCCUGAGCCAAGGCUUCCUCCAGCACCUUUGGACCUAUGUGACAAUCCAGGGCUUGCUGGAAGCCCGCAUUGGGGCCAAUGACUCAGCCACCCGCAGACUACUGGUGGAAAAGGCCCUCAACCUCUCUUUGCAUUUCCAUUUUGUGACACCCUUGACCUCACUUGUUGUGGUAAAGCCAGAGGAGGAAGCCAAAGGGGAACAGGGCCCACAUCCAGCCCUGACAGCCAUAGACCAGCCCACAGCUACCGGGAAGUCCCCAAGGCCUCCAAUCCUUAUAGGCCCCACUGAGCCCCUGCUCCAGGGGGCAAAAUUCACCAGCACUUCACCUGGACCCUCAUUUGCAGCCAAAGUGGUGAAUCCCAGGGUGACCAAACAGAAUCUGACUCCACCUGUCCCCUGGGUGCAACCAGCUCAUGGGGAUCCAUCAUCUAUGAAACCCACAGCAUCUUCAUUCCCCAAGACUGGCUCCUUGUCUCCUCCCAGAGCGGGCCCCAUCACUCAUCUGUGUUCUGUCACCCCACCACUUCUGACCUCCCCCCAAACUGGAGCCCUAUUGCACCCUAAACCAAACAGCUCAUCUUGGUAUAAUCCUGGCUCCAUGGCACCCCCUAGACCGAGUUCCUCAUCCCUCUCUAUCCUGAGCCCCCCAUCUCUCUAUAACUUGAGCACACCUGAGAUCAUCAGUGUCCUUGUUCUCCCUGAGGAGCCACUCCAACUUCUAAAAACCCUGCCAGACUCUGGAUUCUCCGAGUCCUUGAAGCCUGCAUCUAUCUACACCUUCCCCAACACCCACAGCCAAGAGAGCAGACGUGGGAUUCAAGGCGAACCUUUAAAAUCCCCAUCAGUUUUUACCUUCUUCUCUUCAGUGGAUGGGGAUCCGCAUUUUGAGAUCCAGCUGCCAAACUCAGAGAGUAGAAUCUGUUUCACGGUGGACGGAAGGGCAGGGGACACACUUCAGCUCAUCAGAGACCCUGAAGCAGGGCUGCAGGUCAGCGGCCACCUCCUAGGAGCACCUCCGAAGCCAGGCCACAAGCAACGGACCCGCACCUACUUUGACAAGAUCGUGGUGGUUAUGAGGAGACUCCAGGAGCCUUUUGUUAUCUGUGUGACCCCUCACCAGGUCAGCCUAGAGACAGAGGGCAUGACAAAGAGACUCAACUGGGCCCCGUCUCUUCUCAUCCUGCAGCAUGGGCCUGGGCUGGAGCUGAUUCUACAGCACAAGAGGACCCUUACCAUCCGUCUCAGCCACCACCUUGAGUUCCUUAUCAGGAGGCACCAUGACAGGCACCCCACUCCCCUGAGGCUCCCCCAUCUUGGUUUCUACAUGGUUAACGGGCAGGGCCUGAGCCACUCCGCUCGGGGUCUCCUGGGACAAUUCCAGCAUACGGAUCUCUUUGUGAAGCACACAGUCAGGCGGGCUUGGCUAGAAAGGCCUAAUGGCCCCAAUGUGCCUCUGGCCCCUGCUGUCCCAGGGAAGGACUUGCUGUCUAGGGGCCCCUGCUGGAGGGUGAAGUAUCAGGAUGCGGAGAAGCUGCUGGGUAGACCCUACAGAGCCUUUGUCCUCUGA